AACGUCCUCACUGUGCGACACGACGUCGCCGGUAGUGACGUAGCUGUCUCAUCCUCCUUGUUUUUUUUAGACAGGCUGCAGCGCGGGAAAACAAGAAGAAGAGCAGAUGUGAGGGUGAAAGAGUUUGGAAAUACAAAUUAUCUUGCCAACCUGACAGCUAUGGAUGCCUCGGAGGUAGAGUUCCUCGCCGAGAAGGAGACGGUGAAGAUUAUUCCAAAUUUCAGUUUAGACAAGAUCUAUUUGAUCGGGGGCGACCUGGGUCCCUUCAACCCCGGACUGCCUGUCGAUGUUCCCGUCUGGCUGGCCCUAAACUUGAAACAAAGACAGAAAUGUAGAAUUGUUCCUCCUGCGUGGAUGGAUGUUGAUAAACUGGAGGAGAUGCGAGAUCUUGAGAGGAAAGAGGACACCUUUACGCCUGUUCCCAGUCCGUACUACAUGGAGCUGACCAAACUGCUUCUGAACUUUGCGUCUGACAACAUCCCUAAAGCGGAUGAGAUCCGCACGCUGGUCAAAGACAUCUGGGACACGCGUAUUGCCAAACUCCGCCUCUCCGCCGACAGCUUCAUCAGUCAGCUGGAGGCGCAUGCCAAGCUGGACAACCUGACUCUGAUGGAGAUCAACACCAUACGCGCCUUCCUGCUCGACUCUCUCAACUGCUUGUACAAGCUUCGCUCCAAUCAGCACCCUGGGUCCAGUAAGGGACAGUUCGCUGACUUUUAAACUCAGAAUUCAAAGCCUGCUGCACAGGUUGUCCCCUGAUCUCAAGUCUUCAACUACAGAUUGUUCUUUCUCACCCGGCCCUUCAUUACGCUAAAGACUCUUUUUCUCAGAAAUGUAAUUCAAAGAUAUCUAUCAAUGACCUCUUGAUGGCAACUGAAUUGGACUUGCUUUUAUUUGUUGUGUGAGACGAGCAUUACUCUGUACAAAUGAAAAGCAUCUAGGCUUUAUAUGUAUCUUCUGUUUGAAUUAUGUGCAUAUUUAAUUUAAUUAAGGAUGCUCGCUGUAGUUUAAAACUGCCACCAUUGUUGUUAAUGUCAAAAUAAAUGUAUUUGUGUAGAGUUCUAGGGUAUAGCAUUUUAUUCCUGGACUAAAACAGAUAUUUGAAGAAGUCAGUCUACAGAAAUGUUUCACUUUUUUGGUCAUGUUGUAUAGAAAUUAAAUGAACGUUACUAGAUGCUCUUGUUUGUCGGAGAAGAACAAAAUAAAUGGCUACUUAGUAGUGUAGGAUUUAAGUUGAACAUAAAGGGAAUUUGUCCUUUACCCUAAGUGAAGUGCAACAAAAGAAUCAUUUCUAAAAUCUAAAAUAGAUGUUUUGUGGGAUGGAAGGAAGCCGAUAGAUUCAACACUGUUUCAUUCCAAAGCCAUUGACAUGUGUAGCACCCACAAAUGGACAAGGGUUGAUAUUUAACAUUUUAGAAAUAUUUUAUUUCUUUUUUGUCUGAAAUCACAGCCAUAUAUUCAUAAAUACCUAAUUACUACAUUCAACAAAGAAUAUAUUACAUUACAAUGAAUUCAAACAAGUACAUUUUAAAAACAGGAUUU